AUGGACUUUUGGAGAGCGGUUUUCAAGGAGCAAAUUGAAGCAGUGAAACCGAGAGAUGUCUGGAGACUAACAAUGGAUCAGAGCCUUGACUUCCAUAAUGUGGCAUCUCCAUGGAGAAAAUCGCUGCAGGAACAUGCUCAUGGAAGCUUUACAUGUUCACGAUGCUACCACAGCUGGUCCUCACAUCAUGUUGUCAUCUUGUUCCAUAUGCACCUGGAGCGAUACGAGAAACAAGGGUCGGUCAGGAUGAGGACCUUCAGGCAGCGAUGCUACCAGUGCUCUUCAGACAAGUACGAAGAGCCACAGUUCAGCGAGGAGGAUGUCAUCCAUAGCGUUGAGUGCUUGAUCUUCAGCAUCAGAAAGAAAUGCUACGGGGAACACUUAGAUGACAGCAGACUCUUUGAGGUGGUACAUGAGAACAGGGGCCCUCACAAGCAUGAGCAUUGUGAAGCUUGUCACCUGGGAAUACACAAUGCACAUUAUAGGUGGCCUAGAGGUUCCGGUCAUCAUAGGGAGCCCCAAAGACCAGCAUAUCUCCCAGCCAGUCUGCAGGAGAGCAUGGAGAACCUUGCUGGGUUCCAGCUCCCAACAUCCUUGACUUUGGGCCUUGAUGGCUUGGGCUGA